GUGACGCGCCAGCGCCGCGGCUCGCCGCCGAAGGGGCUCGCGGGGAUGCGGCCCGGCAGCGGGGAGAGAGCGCACCGCGAGGGGUGCGGGGGCGCCUGCUACAGCGCUCGCCCGGCCACGCCGCCUCGCCACUCGCCCACGAACGCCCGCACGAGGACACCGUGCGGCUUGGUGCACGCAAAAUUUGCCGAAUUGACAUGUAAUUUGUAACCUAAGGAAACGUGAAUAUAAUAAUUUUGUCAAGCCCUACUUUUAUUAUGUUAUGCGUUAACAUAAAAUUGGCGACCGUGACAGGACCUGCAAUCUUCGGAUCCAACGCAAACUGGUUUCAACGGGAUCGGCGUGGCACGUUGGCGUCGCGUCGUCUCGGCCGUGUGAGGCGGCUACAGCCAACGUGGACCUGAAACGAAGAACCAAAUCCAGCGGAUCACAACAGUUUGCCGGUCUAACUAUUGCGGUGCGCGGCAGGGCUUCGCACAGAGCUUCUUCCCAAAAACCAAGUCGCGUCGGCGCAGCGCAACGCUGCGCGGCGCGGUGACCCUACGGCCAGCGCGGCGUGAACCGGUUUUAUCCAGAUCGACGCGGCGCGCUCGGUGAAGUGAGGAGCGUAGUAGUCCACUACGCAAGCGUAUGCAUGCAAUAUAUUUUUCUAACUAAUCUAUUGUUUUAAAUUUGCACGUUUACUUAUUACGAUGGAGGAAAAUAAUUACAAACGUCUCAAUUUGAAACGCGCGUCUAUUAAAGGCCGCGUAACUAAGUUUAAUAAUCAAUUAGAAGUUUUAAAGGGUCAAAUGUUAGAUCAAACUCAGAUUAACGUGCUAAAGCAAAGGUUAGCUAAAAUAGAGGCCCUAUUCGUUGAAUUCGACAGUGUGCAAGAUAGUAUUGAGGCGUUAGACGAGAAAGGUUUAAGUGCAGAGUUAGACAAUAGAGAAAAUGUCGAGCAGUCCUUUUACAAUUCUAUCGCUGAAGCCCAAAAUAUUAUUUCGAAGUGUAGUACAACAAAUGUUUCAUCUAGUGAACAAGGUAAUGUCACUUUGAUCGACAAAGAUGAUCAAGAAGUCAUUGGAUUCCGUUUGCCAGUCAUAAAAAUAAGUAAAUUUGACGGAACAUUUAAUAAGUGGUUAGAAUUUCGCGACACUUUUAGUUCGUUGAUACACAAUAAUUCUAAAAUAAAUAAUAUUCAUAAAUUUCAUUAUUUAAAUUCCUAUUUAGAGGGCGAAGCAGCUAGGGUAAUUUGUAAUCUUGAAGUUUCCGAAAUUAAUUAUCCUGAAGCUUGGGAUCUUCUUUGCAAACGUUACAACAAUACUCGUCAACUCAUAAAUAAUCACCUAAAGUCCUUGUUCAAUAUUGAGCCGUUGCGUGAGACUGAUAAAUCCUUGAGAUUCCUAGCAGAUCAUGUCACAAAGAAUUUACGUGCUCUUAAUACAUUAAAGCAACCCACUGAGCAUUGGGAUACCUUAGUCGUACACAUGGUCUCAUCGAAGUUAGACUCCAAUACGCGCUUUAAAUGGGAGGAGUAUAUACAAUCAAAUGUCAACGUACUCGAAGUACCCAGUUUAGAGAAUUUUAUGACGUUUAUAAAGGGUCGAGCUGAUAUUCUAGAGUCUGUCUAUCGCAGUAAGCAUGACAAAACCUCCAAGUUGCAUACCAAUCCUAAUCAGAGCACCAAAUAUAAUUUAGUUUCAAACCCAAGGUCAUUUGUUAGCUCUGAGCGGGGUGACUCAUCCUCACCAAGGUCUAUUAAGUGUGUCUUUGUAACAACAAAGACCAUAGGAAUUAUGAGUGCUCAGAAUUUCAAUCAAAAUCAAUUGAUGAUAGACUAA